AUGGCGUCCACAGUUGAUACUGUACUUGCGGUGGAAAAGUCCGCCGCCAACCAUGUCGAAGAUACCCUGGGCCACGGCGCCAUUCACGAAGCCAAACAGGCCAGCGACGAUGAGCACUCACAGACGCUGAUGCAGGCAUUGCGUGAGAACCGCAAGGCCGUUAUGUGGUCUGUUUUGAUCUCCGCAUGCAUUAUCAUGGAGGGAUACGAUACCAUCCUGAUGGGCAACUUCUUUGCCUACCCCUCGUUCAACAAAAAGUAUGGACAAGACUAUGGUGGUGAUAUCGGAUGGCAGGUGUCUGCACCUUGGCAGACAGGCCUGAGCAUGGCCAGUACUGUUGGAUGUAUCUUCGGUGGUAUCUUGAACGGAUACAUGGCGUCCAAGUACGGUUACCGAAUUGUCAUGAUCGUCGCCCUUGCUGCUCUCACGGCCUUGAUCUUCAUCACAUUCUUCGCCAACUCGGCAGCAGUUCUCCUGGUCGGCCAGAUCCUUUGCGGACUCUCAUGGGGUGUGUUCGCCACUGUUGGACCGGCCUACGCAUCUGAAGUGUGCCCGACUGUGCUGCGCGGUUACCUCACCAUCUACGUCAAUUUGUGCUGGGCCAUCGGCCAGCUGAUCGCCUCCGGUGUCCUCUACGGACUCGUCGAUCGAACUGACCAAUGGGGCUACCGCAUUCCCUUCGCUCUGCAGUGGAUCUGGCCCGUUCCUUUGAUUGUCAUUUCUUGGCUCGCACCCGAGAGUCCCUGGUGGCUCGUCCGCAAGGAUCGUUUGGAAGAUGCGAAGCACAGCAUCCGCCGACUUGGCGGUAGCAAGACCGAAGACCAGAUCAACGGACAGCUUGCCAUGAUGGUGCACACGAUCAAGCUAGAAUCGGAGGUUGUAGCCGGCACCACCUACUACGAGUGCUUCAAGGGAGUUGACCUUCGUCGCACCGAGAUCUGCUGCAUGGCCUUUGUCGGUCAAAUUUUGUCCGGUAGUACAUUCGCCUACUCCCCUACCUAUUUCUUCAUUAAUGCCGGUCUGGAUGUGAACAACUCCUUCCAGCUUGGCGUCGGAUGCACUGCCAUUGCCUUCUGUGGAACCUGUUUCUCCUGGUGGCUGAUCACCGGAUUCGGCCGUCGCACACUUUACGUCUGGGGCCAGGGUAUCCUCUGCGCAAUCCUCUUCCUGAUUGGCAUUCUCGACGUGUCCUCAAAAGCAAACGGUAUUAAGUGGGCGCAAGCAGGACUUUGCUUCGCAUGGCUCUUAACCUACUCACUGACCGUUGGACCGAUCGCAUACGCUAUUGUCUCAGAGACCUCAUCCAUGCGUCUGCGUCCGCUGACUGUCUGCGUUGCUCGCACAGCAUACCAGAUCAUCAACGUCGUGUCACAAGUGCUGGAGCCAUACUUCAUGAACCCGACAGCGUGGAACGCCUCCGGCAAGACUGGAUUCUUCUGGGGUGCCACCGCACUCUGUGCCUUUGUCUGGGCAUUUUUCCGACUCCCUGAGGCGAAAGACCGCACCUACGCUGAGCUGGAUGUCCUGUUUGUCCAGAAAGUCAGUGCGCGCAAGUUUUCGAAGACUGUUGUCGACGUCUAUGCGGUUCACCCCCAUGAGUCUCAGGAGGGCCUUGUGCGUGCAAAGACCGAGGAGUCUAAACAGUGA